AUGGAAGUGACAAAAACGGUGUGCGCCGAGCAGUGUGACGGUCGAUGCUUCGGGCCCUACGUCAGCGACUGCUGCCACCGGGAAUGUGCCGGCGGCUGCUCCGGACCCAAGGACACCGACUGCUUUUGGCACUCUUCAGACAAGCUAAUUGGCAAUUUGGCGUUCCGGUUAAUAUCCCCCCUUUAUCGCCCGUUGGCGGGCGUGGACGGGCGCGGGGCGUCGUCCGGGGGCGAUAUUGCGGCCGCCUGCACAAAUUUCAAUGACAGCGGAGCCUGCGUGACCCAGUGCCCCCAGCCCUUCGUCUACAACCCCACAUCUUUCCAGCUGGAGCACAACCCAAGAGCCAAGUACACCUACGGGGCCUUCUGCGUCAAGAAAUGCCCCCACAACUUCGUGGUGGACCACAGCUCCUGCGUCCGAGCGUGCCCAAGCAACAAGAUGGAGGAUGGCAAUAAUGUUUUCCUACCGGCUCCGCAUACGGGGCCGUGGCCUCCAUCGAUUGGCCAAUCUCUCGAUCACGUCGUCACAACGCGGGGGAGGGUUUGCGACGGCAUCGGGACGGGCAGCCUGCAGACGGCCCAGACCGUGGACGCCAGCAACAUUGAUAAAUUUGUAAACUGCACCAAAAUCAACGGCAAUCUAAUCUUCCUUAUAACCGGCAUUAAAGGGGACAUGUAUCAUGGAAUUGGACCUUUGGACCCAGAGCGUCUGAAUGUUUUCCGCACCGUGAAAGAAAUCACAGGUUUCCUUAACAUCCAGUCUUGGCCUGAAAACAUGACAGAUCUGGGUGUUUUUUCCAACCUGGCGACCAUCGGAGGCAGGUCUCUCUACAGCGGGAGCGGCAUUUCCCUGCUGAUCCUUAAGCAGCGCUGGAUCUCCUCCCUCCAGUUCCAGGCGCUGGACGAGAUCAGCGCCGGCAACGUCUACAUCUUCAACAACAGCCGCCUCUGCUUCUACAACACCGUCAACUGGACCUCGCUGUUCAGGACCCCGAGCCAGAAGGUCCUCAUCCGGAACAACCGAGAGCCAAAGGAGUGCAGUGAGUACCGCUAG